GUUACCAGAUGGGUACAAGAUUUCUUGAAGUUGGAGGAGGAACUACUUGACAUUUGACACUUAGUGCGUGAAAUGUACGAGGUCUUGUACAAACAUUAAGGGAAUAUCGUGAAUUACAUUCUGUGAUAAGUUAAGUGGGGGAGUACUUGAUCAGUUGCUUAAAAAUCACUUGUGUGUACCUUGAAUUAUGGUGCUAGGAUAAAAAAUGUUUUGUUCACUGGUUAGUAGAUCAGCAGUUGAGCUGCUUUCAGUGUUCAUUUGAGCGUAGUACAACCCCUUUGGUUUAAUGAGGGAUAACAGUCAAGGAGCGGUGUAUGUUCUGUUCAGCAGUGCUGCAGUGUGUAAUCACUCUUAGUGGUUCUCAAGACAAAUAUGUUCAGCUUUCAGGAUUUUCUGUAAUAGUUGCUGUCAGUUUUGCACGGAGACAUUCUGUCAGAAGGGCUCUUCUAAGCAUAUGGAGCUAAUCUUUGAUUUCACAGUAUCAAUUCUUUGUUUUCCACAAUGCAGCAAUUCACUGAGUAAUUCUUGUAAAGCACAUCUUCCUAUAUAAUUUAAAACCUAAGUCUUAGAGUAAGCGAAACAAGUUUUACUUUGAAUUUUCUUAUCUUACUUUCAUAAAUUCCAUUAAGACCUUUGAGUACAGUUACAAUACUGCUGACAGUGUCACUUAAUAGAAAUGUUUAUAAAGCAAUUCCAACAGCAAAGUCACUAAGUAAAACUGAACGAAAGUUUUACAGUAAUAUUGCUGCACUUGAAAUUAAUGUAGGCUUGUUUCAGGGAAGUAUCCAAUUUUACAGUCUUACAGUGGGCAUUGUGCCAUGCUUGGUCAGUUUUAUAAUUUAUAUAUUUAUGUGAUAUAUCACUGUCCUGUUUUUGCAAGUGUUCUUUUUCUCCCAUUGUUUACAAGAUAGACUGUAUGUAGUGACAUUUACAAGGUAAGGAUCAAAUCACUGCACUAGUGCACGCUAUACGGCAAUGAAACCUUUGGUGCUGUUUGCUCUAAAUAAGCACUGGAGAAUCUGGAGUUUUCAAGAAGAGCAGGUGACAAGCUGCUGAUGCAAGCAGUGGGGUGCCCGAGACUUUUGGUGCAUGACAAGGCAGUGCUGUUUCCAGCACGGCAUUCAGUCGGUGUGCCAGACAGCAGCCUUACUAUUGCAGGCUGGCUCAGUGCGCGCUUUUGUGCAUGGUGUUUUUGUGCAGCAGCACAGCCAACGCCUCAAAUCUGUGUCACGCCCACAUUGCAAGCUAGCAGACUUUGUACAGGAAAACUUUUCACCCAAGGUGUGAGGUGCUGUGCUCCUCGGCCAGCUGACCUGGUGAAGGAGGGACAGCUGGAGUCGCCUAUAUGCAAACUGCAGCCUGAAACCUCCUACAGAGAAAUGUAGGUUACGUCGUGUGAGAUCUGAUAGCUCUUCAGCGUCCUUCCUAAAAUUACUCUCAAGGAUGGCAAGAACUGAACAUAGCUGGGAAAAUAAAAUCCUGAAGCAUGUCAGCAAGGAGAGCCACGGGCCGUGCCCCGUACAUGUGGUCAGACUGUGGGGCAGCAAGGAUGCUGGUAGCUUGGUGUGUGUGUCUGGGGCCAACUCGCUCGGUAUCCCACUGACCCUGCUGCAGGCACAGCCAGAGGCUUGUCUAACCCCUCAGCUAUGAUUCUGGUGUAAGCGAGCUUUGUUUCUAUGAUGGGCCAUUCUUGUAACAGGACUACUGCCCAGUGUUGGUGUCAUGGCAGUGCUACUUUCCCUUCCCUAUUGUAGGGGUAAUAUUUGACUUGCCACGUUUGUAAUUCAGGGUAAUGACUCAGUGUCCAUGUGCUGGAGAAGUUAUGGGCGUAAUGUUUGACUGACAGUGAUUCAGUAGAGGAAAACAUGAUAGAACUGUGGGUAUUAAUUUUGGGAGAGAUAUAUAUUUAAAUAAGGAAAAUCCAGGGAAAAUGUUGGUAAUAUUGGAAAACAUAGCUAGGGUAUGCUUAGUCUUGCAGAGGCAACUUGUUUUUGAAAAUGCCCUAACCAAACUGUAGAAAUAUUCGUGAGUUAGGAAGCACCAUUUUUUGUAAAAUAAAAUAAAAAGACUCCUUACACCCAUCAGCAUUGCGCACAUGCAGUAGUUAAUAUUUGGUUGUAUCCAUGCUGUUAAUCGAAAGGCCAGAGAAAGAAAAGGGGAAAUAGAACACAUGAUACGUACUGCUGAUGGGCUGACUAAAUAUAAAAUCACAGUAACAGGAAAGUAAUCAACCAGCUAGCUGCAGACAUUGCUGAUGUCAGGAGAAAAGUAUAUUUUGCCCUCUGACACUUCAGUCUGUACUUGGUCCAUGUUAUUCACGCGUUCGAUUAUUUGGUUUCGGAGAUAAAACCAGUAACGUAGAAGGCAAAGUAGCUGUUGGUGCUGUUUUCUUCCAAAAGGUCAAUUUUAUUGGCGCAUAGAGGAAGGACGAUGGCAGGCAAUAACCAGCUUUGCAUUCGACGUUGGACGACCAAGAAUGUGGCCAAGUGGCUGAAGGAAGAAGGCUUCUGUGAAUAUGUGGAUAUUUUGUGCAAUAGACACAGGCUAGAUGGAAUUACAUUGCUGACACUUACAGAAUACGAUUUACGAUCCCCUCCAUUGGAAAUCAAAGUCCUGGGGGAUAUCAAAAGGCUAAUGUUGUCCAUACGCAAGCUACAGAAGCAACAUAUCGAUGUCCUAGAAGAGCUGGGUUACAGCAGCGAUAGUCACAUUGGCACAGUGGGCGCUGCUGUUGGUUCGCUGCAGGGUACAGAUUGGUUUUGUAAUGGUGAAGUACCUCGGGACUAUGAUGGGCCAAUUACUGACUUGAACGGUGAUCAAUAUCAGUAUGCAAAUGGCAAAAACAAACACUCCACGAGGAGACUGGACCCAGAGUACUGGAAAACAAUUUUGAGUUGUGUGUAUGUCUUCAUAGUGUUUGGCUUUACAUCGUUUGUUAUGGUUAUAGUACAUGAACGAGUACCUGACAUGCAAACGUAUCCACCUCUACCAGACAUAUUUCUAGACAGUGUCCCAAGGAUACCAUGGGCUUUUGCUAUGACUGAAGUAUGUGGUGUAAUUCUUUGCUACAUUUGGCUAUUGGUUCUUCUGCUUCACAAACACAGGUCUAUACUUCUGCGAAGGCUGUGCAGCCUCAUGGGGACAGUAUUCUUGCUACGUUGCGUUACAAUGUUUGUUACCUCGCUCUCCGUGCCAGGCCAGCACUUGCAGUGUACUGGAAAGUUGUACGGCAAUGUUUGGGCAAAACUCCAGCGGGCAUUUGCAAUAUGGAGUGGCUUUGGAAUGACUCUGACUGGAGUACAUACGUGUGGCGAUUACAUGUUCAGUGGCCACACUGUUGUCCUGACCAUGCUCAACUUCUUUGUCACAGAAUAUACGCCAAGGAGCUGGAACUUCUUGCACACCUUAUCCUGGGUCCUGAACCUCUUUGGAAUCUUCUUCAUUUUGGCUGCACAUGAACAUUACUCUAUUGAUGUCUUCAUUGCCUUUUACAUCACUACAAGACUCUUUUUAUAUUACCACACGUUGGCUAAUACGAGAGCAUAUCAGCAGAGUAGAAGAGCAAGGAUCUGGUUUCCAAUGUUUUCUUUCUUUGAAUGCAAUGUUAAUGGUACUGUUCCCAAUGAGUAUUGCUGGCCAUUUUCAAAACCUACGAUAAUGAAAAGACUGAUUGGCUGAAGAGUGUGUGUGUCAGUUGAGAUUUUUAUGAACUGUUAUGACUAAGACCCUACAACGCUAGCUGGAGGGGACAUGAAGUAACAGUUUUCACUCCGUGGCCACUGCCUCCUUGUCGUGCUUCUUAGAUUCUUAGCCAUAGAACGGGGUUGCCACACUCUGCAGGGAUAAGUUUUGUUCCUGUUUUAAUGGAAGACAACACGGGGACUGGUAGAGGCAAUCAGUGAAUCAUAACUACAAACCAGAGUAGUAAGGUUCUGUGUGAAUGUUUAAGUAAUUUCAAGUCACUUCAAAUGUGUGCUUGUACUGAAUAUAAUAUACCAUUUACAGGUCCAGUUAAUCACCUUUACCUGACAUGCCAGCCUUUAUGUACACUGACUAAAAAUUAGAACCUUACAAUGACUUUCUUUUAAAACAGUCAAAAAUUUAAUUCUUAAAACAAACUCUGUGUAUACUUAAAGAUUGAGGAGUACUGUGUCAUAAUGAGGAAAACAAUAUAGUUCCUUGCUAAAAGAGUCUCUUAACUGUUAAUAGUAAGUCUUAAAGUAUAAUUGACAAUAUAAAUGGUCUGUGUAUGGAUUGCCAAAAAUGAAAGUCUGCCUUGUGGCUAUGGAAUGAUGUUUUGUGUUUUUUUCGAUGAGAGGUUAUUUAGUCUAGUCUGUCAACUGUCUAUAUGGUUGUUCUGGCACCUGGAAGUUUUCCCUUUUGUUUUAAAUAAAUGAGUUAAAGUAAAUGCUGCAUCCACUGAAAGUAAUAUUAAUUUAGCUUUAGUGCGUUUAAAGCCACAACGUAAUUUUUCUGUGUGGUUUUAAUUGCUUUGUACCCAGCCCUAUGCAUGCUUUUUAGGAGCAGCUCUUUAACACUGGAGGAACAGAACAGUUAUCUUCACAUAUCUUACUGUCCCAUAAAUGGACGGGGAAAUGCAUGUAGUAAUUCUUUCAGGAAAAGUAAUAAUAGUGAGUUUUGGAAAUAGUGCUCAUAUUGAUGUAUGUUUUAGCACUCUGGUGUCAACAAUAUGGUGAAUAUCUCUGGAUAUAUAUACACAGUAUAUUUGUAUAUAUAUAUGCACACAGUAUAUGUUCUUCUAACAAAAUGAAAAAGACUAGUUCUUAAUUUAAGUUCUUCAUUUAUUAUGCUGAAAGAAAGUACUAUAAACAGUUGACUUUUGGUUGUUUAAAAAAACAAAACAACAACACACUGCCUAAUGCAUAAGCAAGGAUCACAGACGGUGACCUCUUAUGCAAUGGUUUGUAAGGCGACAAUACUAAUGUUGGCUGCAGAGGCCUGAAAUGAGAUUUAUGCUUAAUGGAAGUGGAUAAGUAAAAAGUGCAAAUCUUAAACUGUUGUAGCCUUUCUAAUUUGUUGUUAGAAUUUCAGAAUAGGUAGUAUGAACAAAAGUCAUAGCCUAAGUCAGCCUUGGAAAGUUGCAUGAAGCAUUUUCUGGCUUGGUACAGGCUGCCUUGAUGACUGUAGUGUGCUUAAGCUUGCAUAGAGAAGGAUCCCUUUGGUGGAAUUUUGCAGUUGUCUGUGUUGUGUUCCUUUUAUAAGCCUGGAUUGUACUAACUUGACUAUCAUGCACUUUUCAUGAUAUAUUACUUUUGUUACUUCAUUUAGCUCCUAUACCACAGAGGAAUUGUGCAUCUUAAAAAGUAUGCAAACUAUAUUGAGCACACACACAUUGUACUAUUGCGCAUACUUCAUGUUUUUAACAUUCCAGUUUUCAGCAAAAUUCCAAGUAUAUUGCUAUAUUGUGCAAUCUGCUAUAGUGUAGUGGCUCUUGUCAUCCAAACUGGGGGAGUGUGCUGGCACUUAAGGGGGAAAAAAUAAUCUUAAAGACAUAAAGACUAUUCACUCGCUGUCCUUACCUUUCUGAUUUCAGAAAGGCAAUUUAAACAUUCCUCUUGAGACUUUAUAAUCAAAGACCUCUAUUUGUUAAUUUGUAUUUGCCUUUGCAAUGCACACAGGGUUACAAAUACUGUUUUUUAAACUCUAGGAAAACUUCUGUUGUCAGGAUAUGCAGGGGGUUUUAUUCCGAGUACUGACAUGUGGAGGGGCAUGCAAUGAAACUUGUAAAGCUCUUCAUUCUAAAAAGAAAUAUCAGUACUGACCAGCAUAGCUGUGUCUAAACUGAAAAAAAAUAUUUUGCAAUUUAGGCAUACAGGAGAAUUUCCAAGUACAGCCCAGUGUAACAAUGUUUACAUAAAGCAAAGCUACUAUUUCAAUAUUUUUAAGUGAAGUUCACAUACUUUGAAGCAUAAGGCUUCUUUUUUUUUUUUUUUAAUAUUUUUUCCAAAUUCUCUUAAGUAAAUCCAUAUUUUAAAUCAGCGUUGCUUGUCAGUGUUUUUUAAUGAAAGCUUGUUUUUUCUGUGCUAUCUAUAUGUUUUCUUGCUGCUAGAUGUUUGCGUAUGAGAGUAAUAUAAAGAGGUAGCUCUUGUGAGAACUGAAGUGGGUUAAAACAUUGUCAGGAUAAUUGUGCUUUUCUGUUUUGGAAAUUAGUGUUGUCUAUCUGUAAACACCCAAGAGGAAAAAGAAAAAAGAAUAAUAAAUAAUGAUAAAAGAAAAUCUGAUUUCAAAUGCUAAAAGAUCACAGUUGAUCUGAAAAUCUGAUAAUGUAAGGUUUCUUAUUAAUGAGAUGAAAACGAAUUGCAAAUGACUGACAGGCUUAAAAUUCUGUACCUCCUUUUAGAAGAGUCAGUGGUCUAAAAGCAUUUUGCUGCUUCACUGCUGCUGACAAGCCUUUUUAAGUAAAGGCAGCAGAGCAUUGUUGGGCCUUGGAUUUAAUGUUAAGUAUCUUCAGCAUUGUCCUUCUCCCUUAUGUUGGCGCACCAGUCUCUUUGCUCUCCUCAACUUGCUGCAUCUGUUGUGUGCUAAGUUAUCUUCUGUGAUCUGUGGGAGCACACACAUCUGAAUUCAGAGAAAGGAAAGAGUUGCUGCUUUGUGUCAGCAGGUGCAGGUGUCUUAACAGUGUGACUCAGGACUAUGAAGUGCAUAAACUAAUCAAGUAAAAAAGUCUGUCUAACUUUUUCAUGAUGGAUAUACUAGAGAAGGGGAGAGUCCCGUUCCUUCCUCACCCUCCUUUUUUUUUUUUUUUUUUUUUUCCUGUAACUUAGAAAAUCUAGUAAUAUUUGGGACUUGACAAUAGUCUUGAGCUCCUCCUUGUUAUCAGUUUGGGCUUAUGCUUGGAGGUAGUGUGUAAACAUAUAUGUAUGCACCAACCUGAUGGUGAUAGGUACAGCCACUUAUCCAUCUUUUUUUUUUUUUCUUAUACCUUAUGACAUAACUUUUUAGAAUAAUUUUCCUAAACAUUUUACUUCUAUUUUUUUCUCUCUUUAAGAUCCAUUAAACAGUCAGAGAAACUAGUGGUGCUGUGAUACUGUAUCUGCAUACAGAUGUAAGGUUUCCAUAGAAGUGUUUUUUAAUAAACUAUGAUUACACUAAUAAAAAAAGCUUGUGAAAGGAUCUUUAAGCAAGGUUCCUCCAGCUGUUCUUGAAUAAUGAUAUAGAAAGCUUCCAUAUAUGUUAAUUAUUUUAAUGUCCUCUGGUAAACAAGAUAACACUAAUACCAAGUGACAGUAUGAAAAUGUAGAUAGGCCUGAAAUUUUCAAAUUUCCAAGACUAACAAGAAUUGGAUCCUGUAAGUGUAUUGCUUGUGGUACAGCUAAUUAUAGGCUUAACUUUAAACAAAUAGCUAAAUAUUCUGGCUUUAGUGAAGGUUACCAUUUUAGUUUAAGCAUUUCCUUGGAUUAGACAAGGUGCGUGCUGUAUAGGAGUUGCAUACUGAUAAGUAAUGGGAAUAGAAAGUAUCAGUUUAUUUUGUUUUCCCUGUUUGUUUGUUUGUUUUUCACAUCUGUCUUGGAAGAAAACAUUCCAGUAGAAUUUAAAAGAAGUUACUGACAUACACAUACUCUUCUGAGAGAACAACUCUUAAUAAAAACUACAAUAAAAUAGAAUUGAUAGCUAGGUGACUAAGAAGCCAGAGUUGGUUAAAUGAUUUAAAAAAAAAAUAAAAUGAUAUAAGCAUGUUAAAUAUCAAUAAUAUUAAGAAUUACUUGAAAUCCUUCAAUAAACAUAAAAGUGCAGGUUCCUAUAAUAACCUGUUCUGUAUGGCUAUCUAUAUGUGGUGACGACUCGUGUAGUGCCAAAAAGAGUAUCUAAGGGAAAGAGGGAAGGGUUGGACUGAGAUGUCAAAACAAGUCUUUUGUAACAGUUAGAAUCUCAUGUUUUUGUUUUUUAAUUAAGCACCAUUUGCACACUUCAUUGCUACACUUGUCCAUUACUGUUUAGCUAGGUUUUUUUUUUUGGUAUGCUAAAAUCCACUGGGGUUUUUAAGCAUCUAAAGUAUUGUGGAGCUGAAAUGCAAUCCUUAAAUGUGCAUUUGUAGAAAUAGCAGAUGUCUUGGAUAAAAGGUAGGUUGUGUGGAUGUGAAGCAUGUGUAACAAAAGAAAAGUCGCCUAUAAUGAUUCUGACAAACACUAUUUUGUUCUGUCUAAUCCAUGUAGUUUCUACUGAAAUGUUGGGGAGAGUUUGCUGGAAUCUGCAAGCAGUAUUACUUUUCUAUUUUUGUUGGUUGGUUGGUUUGUUUUACUAAUGUAGGAUUCCUUUACGCAAACUUGACCUGUAACUACAAAAACCACCAUUAUCUUUAAGUAGGAAAUUUAUUUGGCAGAAAUCCUAGCAGUGAGCCGCUUGCCCUCUAAAUUAUUUUGCACAUGUAGACUAUGAAACAAGGAUUAAUUGAUAGACCAGUGAUGAUUAAUACAGUUUACUCUUUCUCAUGCAUCUUUGACAUGUAACUGUUUGACAUUGAAAUGGUAUUUGUUGUAGGAAAAAAAGUACUUUGGAAUGAACGUGCAGGUGUCUUUCUCAUUGUGUUAUGGAUAUCCCAAAAACUAACAGCCCUUUGAACACUAAAAUAUGAACUCUGAACCAUCCAUAUAGUAGUUUCCUGCAUACUUACUGUUUGUAUUUUAAGAAAGUUGCAGUGAGCAUUAUGUACAUAAUUCAGUGAUGUGCACAUUUUUAAAGCCAGUUUGUAAUACGCGUAUAAGAAUUUAAGAUAAACGUGGAGCACAAUAACCUGACGUGUCAGCCCAGUGACUAUGUAGUUGAAGACUACCUAUAACUUGGUUUUGCUGUCUUUUUCAAUUCAGUUUUGUCAAAUAAGAGAAAUUUUGUCAAAUGCAAGUAACCACAAACUGCAUUGUAUAUGGUACUUAACAUAAUAGGGAUGCAGAAACAGGACUUGUCGCACUGAGUAGUUACUUUAAUUUUGCUCUGACAGAGAAAAUAGUAUUACUUAAUGGCUAGAAGGUAUGCCAGUGAAGUUUAACGUAAGUACUGUAAAUAAGUAAAUAUUGUUUGAUUCUAAACUCAGAUUGAAUUAAUAUAUUGUUUUAUAUCUUUGUUGUAUUAAAACAUAUUUAAAAGUACCAAAAUAAAAUGUUUGAAAGAUGA